AUGGAGGACGGCGGCGUUUGGGCUCUACGGCUUCACCCAGUUCACCAAAUCCGGUUUCCUGUAGGAUCAGCAAAACCUGAUCCUCAAAAUUGGCCGAAAGCUGUCAUCAACAUUACGGGGUUGAAAAUUCGGCACUCUAAACGAUUAAAUUUUGUAGUGGAGCAUGCAAAGAAAUUCAGAGAGGAGGAUAUGCAGAUCCGGUUGGAUGGGAAAAAUUGCCUGGUAACUGGAGCAAAUUCUGGCAUUGGUUUUGCUACUGCUGAGGGUUUGGCUUCACAUGGUGCUACUGUCUAUAUGCUCUGUCGUAACAAGGAGAGAGGGGAGGCUGCUCUCAACCAAAUAAGAUCCAAAACUGGAAAUGCAAAUAUUCAUCUGGAGAUUUGUGACCUUUCAUCUAUCAAUGAAGUAAAAUCGUUUGCAACAAAGUUCACUUCAAUGGAUAAACCACUCCAUGUCUUGGUAAACAAUGCUGGCUUACUAGAGCACAAGCGUGAGACUACAGCAGAAGGAUUGGAGCUCAAUCUUGCUGUCAAUGUAGCUGCGACAUACACUUUAACAGAGCUAGUUAUGCCGUUAUUGGAGAAAGCAGCAUCAGAUGCUCGUGUCAUCACAGUUGCAUCAGGAGGCAUGUACACCGAGCCACUGAACAAGGACUUACAGUUCACCGAAGGCACCUUCGAUGGGACACAACAAUAUGCUCGAAACAAAAGAGUUCAGGUGGCACUCACUGAAUGGUGGGCUGAGAAAUACGGCAACAAGGGAGUUGGUUUCUAUUCCAUGCAUCCUGGAUGGGCUGAUACGCCUGGCGUCGCCAAGAGCUUGCCCGGAUUGUCAGAAAAGUUGUCUGGAAACCUGAGAACAAAUGACGAAGGAGCUGAUACAGUGGUUUGGUUGGCGUUGCAACCUAAGGAGAAGUUAACCUCAGGAGCUUUUUACUUUGACCGGGCUGAAGCACCAAAACAUUUGAAGUUUGCUGGGACUGCAGCUUCGCAUGCUCAGAUAAACUCCAUCGUUGAUAGCAUUAGAUCCAUCUGUGGCUUCUCUGUUAAAGGUUGA